GGGGGUGGAGGGGGAGGGGAGACAACUACCGCAUCGCCGACAAACGUUGAACAAAAUGCAUCUCCGGUUACACCGGUAAUCGGCGGUACGACGGUACCACCGGGUUCUCAACAGCAGCAUCCACCACCGUCACCGCUGAGCGGUUGUUACCUUCUCGUCGUGCUUCCAGAACCUCAUACAGCGCAACACACGGAUCUCAUUUUGAAUCGCCUCGCAAAAGGUUUCCUGUCGUGGGAUAAGGAUAGUUGUCACGUAGAUUUAGAAAAAGAGUUAUCGGCGCUGGUAGCGCAAGCUCCCGAAGGAGAAGAAGCCAGAAACGGCGAACGACUGAUCCAAUACGCCACCGAGAACCUUGUUACGGAGGUUCUCAUUCAUCCGCAAACGAACACGUUGUUACAGUGCAUUCGUAAUCUACUUGCGAGUUUCACGAAACAUCGACACAUUAUACACGCCGGCUACACCUUCGGUGGAAAUGGUUCCUGGAUAUUGCAAGAUGGAACCUUCAGUCUGGCAGACUUUCUGGACGCCUUCAGCGAGCACGAGGUGCAGAGAGUUCUUCGUGCCUACGAAAACAGCGUUACUGUGGACGUUCAUUGCGCCGGUGUCGGUGAAUGGACGACGAAUCGACUCUCGAAAGAAGCUUGCACCAGAUCCUGCAGAGUUCGGGUGAACCCCGACGACGUCCUAACAGCGGGAGUGCCCGCUAUUACGAGUUUCACGAGUUACAUUGGACAGUACCUCGUCGCCCAGACGUUGGACCAGUUGAUGGAGCCGUCCGACGUCGUAGGAAACAUCAGAUUCAGUCAUCCAACAUUGUACGUCUUCCCCGGCGGCCAGGGCGAUGCCGCUCUCUUCGGCAUAAACGGUUUCAACAUGCUGGUGGACGGCGGUUUCGCGCGGAAGGCCUGUUUCUGGGACUUCACCAGACACUUGGACCGCCUCGACGCGGUGCUACUCACCAGAAUAAACAACGGCAACGUGGGAGGCAUGUCUAGCGUUCUUCGAAAGAAGAAGGAGAUGCACGUUUAUCCUCAGAUUGGUCACUUCUUCUGCAAUCUAGUUGAGAGAAGACAAUCCAAUUCGCCGGACGGGGACAAAGAUAUCGAUCCGUUGAUCUUGAAUCUCACCGACAUCGGCCAGCAGAUCGUCGUGGACCUCCGUCACAUCAACCUGAAGGCGCACCCGUGCUACAGGGACCCGGAGCCGAUUAAUCUGUACCACAAAGUGGGCCACGGCACGCUGGACAUGUACGUGUUAAGCCCCAGCAAGGACAGUCGCAAAGUCAGAGAAUUUUUAGCCAAGUGGCACGCGGCGGACUCGAAGCUGUUCGCCGAGUCUCACCGAAAAGACUCGAACAACAUAACGUUCCCGAUCCAGAACCUGGUCUCCAUAUGCGCGCUGCUGGUGUGGCAGCCCGCUAACCCUGAAGACACCAUCACCAGAAUCCUAUUCCCCGGAAGCACACCGCAACACAAGAUCUUCGAGGGCUUCGAACGAUUGAAACACUUGGAGUUCCUAAAGCACCCGGUCUGCUCGGCGAAGAGUCUCUCGCCGUCCGCGUCGUUGGCGACGCUGCGCGACAAGCCGGCGAGACAGAAGUUGGCGCUGACGGAGAAGGAGACGGCGAAGAAGGUGGCGGCGGAGGCGAAGAAAGAGAAGAAGGAGCUAGAAGCGAAAUCGACUCCGACACCGAUUAUACCGACGAAACCUCAAGCCGCGAUGGCGGCGGUGGCGGCGGCGGCGGCGGCCGCGCAGGCUAAAGCGGAGGCGAAGAUGAAGAAGGCGGCGCCGGAGAGCAGGAAACUCGAGGUGGAGGGGAAAGAGACGAAGGAGAGCAAGAAGAUGGAGAAGGAGCUGAAGGAGGCGAAGGAGAGACAAGAGGCCGUGAAGAAAGAGAAGCAGCAAGAGAAGGCGGAGGUGGAACGAUCCGAGAAACGAGACAAGGAUGCAGUGAAAAAGGCUGAGGUCGCAAAACCGGAAGCUCCGAAGGAACCGAAACCCUCGAAGCCGUCGAGGGUGGACACUCGAAGAAAGGACGCUAAGGUUCCCACAAAGCCUGCGAAGAUCGAGGCUCCGAAGGCUAAGCCUGCGGAGAAGAGAGCGAAACCUGAGAAAAAGGAGGUUGCAGGUCCAACCGUGAAGUCGUCACCGACGACGCCUAAGAAGGUGGUGAACGGAGUCGCGACGAAGACGGAGAUGCGAGGAGUCGCGAAAGCAAAACCAGCGCCGGCUUACAAAUCGGUAACCGCACCGCCGGCCAAGAGCACCAAGGACGCGAACAACAGGAAGGUGGUGGAACAGAAGAACAUAGAAAAGUCCGCGAUAAGCGCCGGGGCUGUCACUGCAGCGAAAGCGGCGCCGAUCACGAAGCCGAAACCGAUGGAUCGAAAGGCUAUCAGCCGUCGAGGGAAACCAGUUAGUCCGAGCAAAGCUCGCGUUCCUGGAAGUCCUGCGAAGUCGACUCGCAGUACACCUACUGCUUCCGUCAAGUCUGAUAAGGACGGCGUUGUGCGGAAGGUGAAGGGCGACAGAGGCACCACGGAUUCCUCGACAGUGUCCACGCCUUCUGGAAUCGAACCCGAAGUCGGAACCAGGCUGAUCGAUAAGAGCCUGAUGGAACGCUCGGAGGACGUCUCGUUGGACUCGAUCGAGAGCAAGGUGCUCGCCGAUUUGAAGGAGGAACGAGAGGUUGUUGAGGAGAUCGAGGCGGUUCUCCAGAAAGCGGAGCGCAUUGAAGAGGGCGCGAGGAAGGAGGACCGCUUCGAAGGAGACGACGAGAUUACCGCGGAGGUAACUGAUAAAAAGGAGGAGGACAUUACUGAAGAGGACGUGACCGCCGAGAUCGAGGACGCUCCCAAGAAGGACAGCUUGAGGAAAGGCAGUCAGGAACUGACGGAGGAGGACGAGUAUCUGAUCGUCGAGAAGGAGGAGGUGUACACGGAGGACUCCGCUCAGAGCGGAGACGGUGAACAGAAGCACGUGUUAGAUGAAGCAGAGUCGGAGAAGGCGAAGUUGAUGAAGGACACAGAAACGGCGAAAGAGAAGGGUGCCGAAGAGGAAGUCGAAGAGAAGGAGAAAGACGAGAGUGUGGAAAAGAAAUUAGCGGUAAGAGCAAGAAAGGAUGAGGAGGAGGAGGAAGAAGAAGAAGAGGAGGAAGAGGCAGAGGAGGAAGAGGAAGAAGAAGAAGAGGAAGAGGAGGAGGAAGAGGAAGAAGAGGAAGAGGAGGAGCGCGAGGAAGAAAGAGAAGAAGAAGAAACAGCGGAACCCAUCGAUCUCUCCCCCGACCGCAGAGAACGCUUGGAGGAAGAGAAAGAAGCGAUCGCCGCUUUGGCGACCGAGGCGCAACGUAGGCGCGAGGACACCGAGGACUCCGUCAAGAGGGACAGCGAGGACAUCACCAAAGAGCCGUCCAGUCUGAGCCCCGACAAGCUGGACUCCUUCGAGAAGAAGACCAGCGACACCGACAUGAAACCAGAGGCCGAUCAAAAGGAGCAGAUGCCGGAGAAGCUGGAGGAGUCGCAAGAGCGUAUCUCCACAAUCGAAUCCGGCGCUACGACGACGGCGCCCACCCUGCCGGAGGACGAACGUAUACCUCUGGACGAGAUAAAGGAAGACAUCGACGAGAAACACGUCAUAGAAGACGUGAAGGAGAAAGACGCACCGGCGAAGAAAGAAGAAAUCGCCGCAGCGGUGAGUGCUGUUAGCGCUGUUCCAACAGACGCUGCCUUAGCCAGCGCGACGGCGCCGGUCUCCGUCGGCCCUGCCGUCACUCGCGCCGUUCCGCCAGUCGCCGUUAAACCGGAAGUCCAGCGAUUCGAUGUACGACAGACCGCGCAGAUGAUGCAGCGCGACAUCGUGAAGACACCCGACGAGGUGGCUGACUUGCCAGUUCAUGAAGAAGUCGACCCCAAACUGUACCGAAUGGAGGACUUCGAGAAGGAGAAGGAGGAGAAGGUGUCUCCACCGAUGCAGGAAGUCAAAGAGCCUCCCACUCCACCGAUCAAAGAGCAGAAAGGAAUGUUCAGCUUCUUCGGCAAAGUCGCUGAUAAAUUUGAAAAGGGUAUCGAUAAAUUGACGAAGAAGUCGAAGAAGGAGCAAGACAAGGACGUCGACGACAAGUCUUCUUCGAAGUCCAGUUCACCGAAGGAGGCGAAGGUGCAGGAGAAGACCCUGCUGGAAGAGGUCGACGUGGACAAAAUGUUCCCGAAAGUGGGCAAGCCUGCCGAGAAGGUCGAUCGCGAAGAAGAGGCGAAGGAUCGUAGGAAACCUUCGAUCGUCGAGGAGGCGACGGUCCCGAAAGUCGCGGAGAAAGUCGAGCGCAGGGAAAGUAAACCUAUUUUGGAAACUGAAAAAGUACCCGAACCGAAAGAACCCUCGCCAGUCAAGGAAGUCAAAGACAAAUUGAAGGAAGAGGUCAAGGAGGAGCCAGAAAAGAAGGUCGAAGAACAGAUCCCCAAGGAAGAGGUCGAAGAAGACACCGAGGAGAUACAAGCUCUGUUAGAGGAAGCCUCGAAGAAAUUCAAGACAGUGAAAGACAGCUUGAGAGACUCGCUGGAGUCGCUGGAGGAGAAGAUCGCGGUUGAAGAAACUCCAACCCCAGCCGUGAAGGACACCGUUAAGGACACGUUGGAGGGCGUCGUGGAGAAACUGGAGGCCAUCAAACCACAGAUUGAAAGCGUGCCGGCGGAGAGCAAGGAGCCGGAGAAGGUGAAAUUCGAUAUCGCCAAGGACGAGGCAUUUGAAGCGGAACAUGAAAUUAUAGACACUGAUGUUGCCGAAGUCCCGUUGAAGGACGUGAAGGAGGCGGUGAGGGAUGUUGGAGAGGUCCUCGCGGGAACGGCGGGUAUCGACAUCGAGGAGAGACCUAAGGACGUUAUGGAGAUCGUGAAGAAGGUUGCGCAGGUGUUGAAGGAGGACGACUUCCUGGCGGACGAGAAGCUGUUCGAGGCACCGAAGGAGAAGGAAAAGGAGAAGGAAGCGGAAGAUGAGAAAGCGAAGAAAGAAGAAAAGGUAGAAGAGAAAGAAAAGGUAGAAGAAAAGAUAGUGAAAGAAGAAGAAAAAGAAAUAGACAAGAAACUUGCAGCGAUUGGUAUGCCGACAAAAGUAGGCAUCACCGAAGAAUUCCCUCGUCCCCAAGAAGAAGUCAAAGAGCUCGUCGAAGGCAAACUCAUGGAGCCCAUGGAACCGCAAGAAGAGCCCUGCGUAAAAUUGACAAAACCAGAGAAGCUUGUAUCUCCCCCCGAAAAGAAGGACGAAGAAGACCUGAAGAAGAUCUGCGAAGAAACCUUGAAGAUGGACUUGAAGCUUCCGAGCAAGGCAGUCACAGAAGAGCCUUCAAAGAUAGACGUGAUGGAUGCCGGAAUAGAACUCGUGUGCAAGAAGGAGCAAAUUCCCUUGGACAUAGAAGAAGAGCACGCGGUGAUCAGUUUCGAUCAGAAGAUCUCCCCAGGGAAGGCGGAAAUCGUGACAGUUUCCGCUGGUUCCACUCCCACUUCACCGAAGUUCGUCACCGAUAAAAUUCCAGAGAAGGACGACACGUCUCGUCGAUUGUCGAUUCAGUUACCGGCGGAGAUCAAGGUGAUUGUUGACCGAGCGGGUCGCACGGUGAUAGAAAUUAUCGAGGAGUUAAUUAUCACAAAGAAACGAAUCACUAUUGAGAUCAUUGAGUAUGUGACGAGAAUCAAGCGCGUUUCGCGAGAACGCGUUAUUUACGCGAUCAAGGAGAUUAUUACUAGAAAAGGAUUGGCUGCAAAGGAUGUUGUCGAUGAUGUCGAUGCGUUGAAGAUCGACGAGACGUCGAUAUCGCCGGAGUUGAGAACCGAUUUGGAGGAGUAUAUUAUUGAGCAGUACGUGUCGAAAGGACGACGCGUGAUCACUAUUGAAAUUAUCGAGGAGAUAUGCAAGAAGACGGUGAUUCCACGAGUCAUCGUCAUUCGAAUAAUCAGAGAAAUAAUCGUGAGCAAAUCUAUUGAUAUUACCAUGGACGAAUCAGUGUCAUCGGAAGUGGAAGCCAAGGCAGAACCUGCGAAAGAACCUGUGAAAGAACCUGUGAAAGAACCUGCGAAAGAACAGGCACCGAAGACACCCGAGAAGGAGGAAGAGGAGGAAAUAGAAGUGGAGGCGGAAGUAGAGGAAGACGGUUUCGUCCGCAUCGAAAGUAGAAGAGUAUCAAAAGACAAGAUAUCCCCACCCGAGAAACCUUCAGAAGCAAUGAAACUCGAACCAACAGCCGAGAAGAAGGCGGACCAAGAAAAAGAAGACGACUUCGAAGCCGUCGAACAGGAAUACAAAGUCGGCGACGUGAUCGUGUCAGACAAGUUGGAACCCAGAGAGGAGGCGGAAGAAGCGGAGGAGGCUGGCAGCGAUGUGGUCGAGGCUGACGAGAAGUUUGUGCACGAGACGAAAGAGAAGGAGAAGAAGGAUGUGCCAUUUGAAAAGAUCGAACGCGAGGAGGUCGCGAAAGAGGAAGUGACGGAAGCAGGCGAGAGUUUGGACACAGUCGAGAAGUACUUGGACGAGGCUAAAGAGAAGGUGGAGGAAACUGUUAGUAAAGUGGAAGUGAAACCGGUGGCGGAAGAGAAAGAUGUGAAAGAAGUGGAAAAGUUGUCGAAGACGGAAGAGGUCAAAUUUGAGAAGGAAGUUGAGAAGGAGCGAGAGGUGUCUCCUGCGAAGGAAGAGGCGAAAGUGGAGAAGGAAGAACCGGAGAAAGAAAAGGUGUCCCCUGUGAAGGAAGAGAAAGCGGAGAAGGAAGAACCGGAAAAAGAAAAGGUGUCUCCUGUGAAGGAAGAGAAAGUGGAGAAGGAACCAGAAAAAGAAAAGGAACGAGAGAUAUCUCCUCCGAAGGAAGAGGUAAAAGUCGACAAGAAACCAGAACCGAAAGAAGAAAAGGAGCGAGAGGUAUCUCCUCCAAAAGAAGAGGUAAAAGUCGACAAAAAACCAGAACCGGAAAAAGAAAAGGAGGUGUCUCCUGCGAAGGAGGAGCCGUCUGAAGCGAUUAAGAAAUUGUCACUCGAACAGCUCCCCGCAAUACAAAAAGAACCAGAGAAAGAAAAAGAAGAGAAAGUGUCACCACUCGAUGCAAAAGACAAAGUGGUCGAGCCAGUUGACCACAAACCGAAAGAAGAAAAAGAGGAACCUGUCGCUGACAAGAUGGAACAAAUCGAAGCUGAUUUGAAGAAGUCGCCGGUGCAAGAAGUUAAGGAAGAAGAGAAGAAGGUUGAAGAAGACUCUGGAUUCGUUCGACGAAUGCUGGUGACCGCCAGCAGCGAAGAUGGCGGAGCAGAAACUGAAAUCUGCUCGACUGACGCUGUCGCAAUAAAAUCCGUCACGCCGGACGAUUCUCUGAGAGACACGUCGAUAAAAUCGACCCCUGACAAGGAUUCUCUAGUCACGGACAAGGAUUCUCUGCGUUCGGGAACAAGCAGCCCGGAGAAGGACAGCAUCUCCGAGAAAUCGCCGGAAGUGAAAGAUGUAGGGAAGGUAACCCCGGAGGAUAGCCUCGAGAAGUCGCCGGUCGAUCGACUCGACUCCGGCUCGCAGGAUCUUGAAGACAGUUUGGAGAAAGCGGUGACUGAGAAGCGAAAGGAAAGCAUUUCUGUUGAGAAAUUGUCUAAGACGCCGGAAGAGAAGGAAGCGAAGAUCGACGAAGAAAAAGUAAUCGAGGCGAUCGAAAAACAAAUUGAAGCGCAUCCUGAGAAGAAGACGCUGGAUAUUACGGCGGCUAAGUCACCAGAAUCGAUUAGGUCGGAAGACGUUUCGCCCGCGGAGACCAUCUUUGAGAAGUCGCCGACGGAGAAGCGGGAAAGUAUACAGAUUUUGGACGCGAUCAAAGACAUGGAACCGGCGGACGCCAUUGUUUCGGCGAAGGAAGAAGCUAAGGUCGAGGCACCGAAGCCUCUUUCCAAAGAAGAAGCUGAAAAAGCAAAGACUCCUGAAGAAAAAGCAAAGACUCCUGAAGAGAAAGCAAAAUCUCCUGAAGAGAAAGCAAAAUCUCCUGAAGAGAAAGCAAAGACUCCUGAAGAAAAAGUGAAAACUCCCGAAGAAAAAGCAAAGACUCCUGAAGAGAAAGAAAAGACUCCUGAAGAGAAAGUAAAAACACCUGAAGAAAAAGUGAAAAUUGAAGAGAAAGAAGAGAAGGUUACACCACGUGAGAAGAGUCCUGAAUCUCCCAAAGAGAAAGAAAUAACAAAAGAAGAAAAAGAAGAAAAGGAAGUAUCUGUAGACCGUAAAUUAUCUGUCGCAGAUGUAGCUGUCGACGAAGCCAAGAAGUCUCCUUCUCCCGUUUCGGCAGAAGAUAAAAUCUCGAAAGAAGAGAAAGCAGAAGAGAUCAAGGAAGAGCGACGUGAGUCGGUUGCCGAACGACCAGUCACCGUGGAACUCGACAAAGAAAAGAAGACUGAAGUUGCAGAUUUAGCAAAGGAAGCCGAGGACAAACCUGAAGUAACCGAAAUAGAAAGGAAGAAAUCGGUCGAUCAAAAAUCUCCGAUCUUGACAGUUAAAGAACCUGAAGUUAGCAAACCAACCACUGUCAUUGAAGGAGAGCCAUUCAAAGAGGAAGCGAGCGAGAAAUCAAGUCCAGCGAGUAUAACAAGCGUCCGCGACGAGGACUCGAGACGAUCGAUAUCCACAGAUCGUUCGAAGUCUCCGAGCAUCGCCAGCGAGGCGGACUUGAAGGAAGCGACCGAGAAAUCGGUAUCCCCUGAAGCGACACGUGCCUCUAUUAGCCCUGCCGAGUCGAAAGGAUCGCUAUCGCCUACAGAGAAGGCCGACUUGAAAGACGUUCAGGAGAAGGAACCCAGUCUUCCAGAGGAGCCAAAAGAUCGAAAGCUCGAUCAGGAGCAGAAGGAGAAAUCGCCCAGUGUGGCGGAGAAAGAGAAGGAUCGUUCUCCGAGCAUCGCCAGCGAGAUUGCUGACGCGAAGGAACUCGAAGAGAAGUCUAGAUCUCCCAGCGUGACGAGUGUACCUGACUCGAAGGAACGUUCGAAGUCUCCGAGCGUGGAAGCGGAGGCGAAGGAUGUCAAAGAGGAAAUUAAAGAGGAAUCCAGAAGGGUCAGUGUUGCGAGUGUGACUGCAGAGAAGGAAGGUUCGAAAUCGCCUACCAUUUCGGGAGAAGCAGAAGAAGUUAAAGAAAAAUCGAGGUCACCCAGCCUGGAGGCGAAAGAACCGUCGAAAUCUCCGAGCAUUGAGAAGAUGGACGAGAAGAAGAUCGAUGACUCUAAAAUCCCCGACACAAAAUUAGCUACAGAACCGAUCGAUCAGAAAGAAGCGAAAGUACCGGAAGUACCUGCUAGUGAGAAAGAAGCGAAAGUACCGGAAGUACCUGUUAGCGAGAAAGAAGCUGCAGAGAAAUCGAAAUCGCCAAGUAUCUCGGAAGAAUUAGCAGACGCGAAGGCUACCGAAAAAUCCAGAUCUCCCAGUAUAACAAAAGAGGCAGACGCGAAAGCUGUCGAAAAAUCAAGAUCUCCAAGUAUAACAAAAGAGGAGCCAUCUCCCGAAGUUGACACCAAAGAGAAGGAUCGAUCGCCGAGCAUCGCUGGCGAGACGAUCGACGCAAAGGAACUGGAUGUACAGAAGUCGAGAUCUCCCAGCGUAAGUGCCCCCACAGAAAUAGAAUCUAAGGAGGCAGACGCAAAAAUAGACAGAUCCCGAACUCCGAGUGUGGCGAGCAUCCCUGCGGAAGCGAAGGAGGUUGUAUCGAAAUCACCGAGCGUCACCGAAGAAGAGAUGAAAGUCGACAAAUCGAGAUCGCCGAGUGUAGCGAGCGUUCCUGAACCUAAAGAGUCAAAACCGCCAAGCAUCGCAGGCGAGCCGAUCGAUUUGAAGGACGUCAAAGAAAAAUCCAGGUCUCCCACAGGUAGUCCCGAAGAACCGAAAGAAAAGGGCGUAUCACCGCCGAGUAUUUCGGAAGAGGAGAAAGUAUCGGACAAGUCCAGAUCCCCUAGCGUGGUCGAAUCGAAAGACGCAAAGUCGCCGAGCAUCGCGGGAGAAGCGAUCGAUGCGAAGGAGCUGGACAAGAUGGAGGAGAAAUCUAGGUCUUCCAGCGUUACGAGCGUGCCCGGAGAGAAAGAGCCGGAUCGUUCGAAAUCGCCGAGUGUUCCAGAAGAGCCUACCGGUGAAAAGGUAACUGAUCAGCCCGCCGUAACAGAACCUGCCAAAGAGGGCUCGAAAUCGCCGACUGAAUCGAUCGAGUCGCAAGUUCCAGACAAGGUGGAGAAGCCUCCGAGUGUUCCCGAACAGAAGGAUCGUUCGAAAUCCGCUAGCCCGACGGAAGAGAAAGACAUCAAAGUCGAAACUAAAGAAGCUAAAGAAGGCUCGAAGUCGCCGAGCAUUCCUGAAGAAGACAAAUCCAGAUCUCCGAGUCUGGCGAAGGAAGGUUCAAAGUCACCGACCGAUGACGCCGAUAAAAUGAAAGACAAGGUGGAGGAAAAAUCAAGGUCUCCCAGCAUAACCAGUGUUCCCAGCGAAACGAAGGAAGUGGAUCGUUCGAAAUCCCCAAGUAUUGCUGGAGAGGUGGCGGUCGAAGAACUGAAAGACAAGUCUCGAUCGCCGAGUAUCGUGAGCGAACCUAAAGAGUCCAAAGAAGGUUCUCCGAGUAUUGAAGCCGAAAAAAUCGACGCGAAAGAUCAAAAGAAACCAGCGGAACUAGAGAAGUCUAGGUCACCCAGUGAACCGAAAGACGUCGUUUCUGAUAAAUCCAGAUCGCCGAGCGUUCCCACAGAACCGAAGGAAGAGAGCGGUUCGAAAUCUCCGAGUGCCGCGGGAGAGGCGGUCGACUUGAAGGCCGUUGAAGCGGCGGAGAAAUCCAGAUCGCCGAGCGUAGUGAGCGCACCCGCGAUCGAGCCUAAAGAUUCGAAGUCGCCGAGCAUCGCCGGCGAACCGACUGAUUUGAAAGACGUCGAAGUUAAACCGGAAGAAAAAUCCAGGUCCCCAAGUAUUGUCAGUGAGCCGAAAGUUGAGAAGUCGCCUAUUUCAGAUCUUGCUGAGGCAAAGAUUGACAAAUCCAGAUCGCCGAGCGUGACGGGCGCUCCUGAACCCAAAGAAUCGAAAUCGCCGAGUGUCGAACCGAUCGAUCUGAAAGAUGUUGAAGUUAAACCGGAGAAGUCCAGAUCACCAAGCGUAGCAAGUGCUGCCGAACCUAAAGAUUCAAAGUCACCGGCUGAACCGACUGAUUUGAAGGACGUAGAAGUGAAGGUGGAAAAAUCGAGAUCUCCCAGUGUGACGAGCGUUCCGGACUCGAAGGAGUAUGCAAAGUCACCGAGUAUUACAGAAGAACCUGUAGAUCUGAAGGACAAGUCAAGAUCGCCAAGCGUUGCUAGUAUACCUGCGGUUGAGGCUAAAGAGAAGUCGCCGAGUGUUGCUAGCGAAGUAGCUGACUUGAAGGAAGUUGAAGCUAAAGCCGAAGAAAAGUCGAGAUCGCCAAGUAUAUCGAGUGUAACGACGGAGGCAAAAGAAAAGUCGCCGAGCGUGGAACCAGCAGAUUUGAAGGACUUUUCGAUUAAACCGGAAGAGAAAUCCAGAUCGCCGAGCAUAACAGAACCCAAGGACUCGAAAUCACCGAGUGAACCUACUGAUCUUGAUAUUAAGACAGUUGAAAAGUCCAGAUCGCCCAGCAUAGCAAGCACAGCUCCCGAACCUAAAGAAUCGAAGUCGCCAAGCAUCGAACCGAUCGAUCUGAAGGACGUUGAAGUUAAACCGGAGGAGAAGUCCAGAUCACCGAGCGUGGCAAGUGCUCCAGAACCUAAAGACUCGAAGUCACCGAGUGUAGAACCAGCUGACUUGAAGGAACUUGAAAUUAAACCGGAUGAGAAGUCCAGAUCGCCGAGUAUUGCACCCUCAGAGCCUAAAGAUUCAAAGUCACCCAGCAUUGCUGGUGAACCGACAGACUUGAAGGAUGUCGAAAUGAAAGACAAAUCGAGAUCUCCAAGUAUACCGAGUGCACCAGUAUCUGAGGUUAAAGAAAAAUCACCGAGUAUCGCUGGCGAACUAACAGAUUUGAAGGACGUUGAAGUUAAACCAGAGGAGAAGAGCAGAUCUCCAAGCAUAGCUCCUGCGGAGGCUAAAGAUUCAAAGUCCCCGAGCGUCGAACCAGUUGACUUGAAGGACGUUGAGGCUAAAGUGGACGAAAAAUCGAGGUCACCGAGCAUAGCGAGCACAACUGCAGCUGAACCUAAAGAUUCAAAGUCACCAAGUGUGGCUGGAGAACCGAUUGAUUUGAAAGACGUUGAAGUUAAGGCAGAAGAGAAGUCUAAAUCACCGAGCGUUGCUGGCGAGCCAGUCGAUUUGAAGGAAGUCGAAAAACCAGAUGAAAAAUCCAGAUCGCCCAGCAUAGCUCCUGCAGUCGAAUCCAAAGAUUCUAAAUCGCCAAGUGUUGCUGGCGAACCGAUCGACUUGAAGGAUGUCGAAAGCAAAGUAGAAAAAUCGAGAUCACCUAGCAUAGCUAGUGCUCCUGCGGUCGAAUCCAAAGAUUCAAAGUCACCUAGUGUAGCUGGUGAAUCUGUUGACUUGAAAGAUGUUGAAGUUAAAGAAGGAGAGAAGUCUAGAUCACCUAGCAUACCCAGCGGACCUGCAGAAACGAAGGAAUCGAAAUCUCCAAGUAUUGCUGGGGAACCAGUUGACUUGAAGGAUGUUGAAGCUAAAGGUGAGAAGUCGAGAUCGCCUAGUAUACCUAGCGGACCUGCGGAUGCUAAAGAAUCUAAGUCACCAAGUGUCGCUGGUGAAGCUAUUGACUUGAAGGAUGUGGAAGUUAAAGAAGGGGAGAAGUCGAGAUCGCCUAGUAUACCUAGUGGACCUGCAGAAGCUAAAGAAUCUAAAUCGCCGAGUAUAGCUGGCGAACCAACUGAUUUGAAGGAUGUGGAGGUUAAGGAAGGCGAGAAGUCUAGAUCGCCUAGUAUACCCAGCGGUCCUGCAGAGGUUAAGGAAUCCAAAUCUCCAAGUGUUGCUGGAGAACCAAUAGACUUGAAGGAUGUAGACGUUAAGGAAGGAGAGAAGUCCAGAUCACCUAGUAUACCCAGUGGACCUGCAGAUGCUAAAUCCAAAUCGCCAAGUGUCGCUGGCGAACCAAUAGACUUGAAAGACGUUGAAGUAAAAGAAGGUGAGAAGUCAAGAUCACCUAGCAUACCCAGCGGACCCGCAGAAGCUAAAGAAUCCAAAUCUCCAAGUAUCGCUGGAGAACCAACUGACUUGAAAGACGUUGAAGUAAAAGAAGAAGAGAAGUCCAGAUCUCCUAGUAUACCUAGCGGACCCGCAGUCGAAUCCAAAGACUCCAAGUCUCCAAGUAUCGCUGGAGAACCAACCGACCUAAAAGACCUAGAUAUCAAAACAAUUGAAAAGUCCAGAUCGCCCAGUAUAACGAGUGCUCCUCCAGAGCCAAAGGGUUCUAAAUCACCGAGCCCUCCUGUCGAAGAUCUGAAGGAGCCCGAAAUUAAACCGGAAGAAAAAUCUCGGUCACCCAGCAUAGCAAGCGCUCCUGUGGUAGAAUCUAAAGACUCGAAGUCCCCUAGCGUAACGAGUGAACCAACCGACUUGAAAGAUGUCGAAGCUAAGUCAGAAAAAUCAAGGUCUCCUAGUGUCACCGGAGAAACGAAAGAAGCGGUGGAGCAUUCGAAAUCACCUAGCAUUUCGGGAGAGUCUGUUGACUUGAAGGCGGUGGAGAAAUCUAGAUCUCCCAGUAUUACUGAGCCUAAAGAUUCGAAAAGACCGAGCGUUGCCGGUGAACCAACUGACUUGAAGGACCUAGAAAUUAAACCGGACGAGAAAUCCAGAUCGCCGAGUGUGACGAGUACUCUUGGAGAUGCGAAGGAAGCGGAUCGUUCUAAAUCCCCGAGUAUCGCGGGAGAUGAAGCGAAAGCAGAAGACAAGUCGAGAUCUCCGAGCGUAGUAAGCACUGCAACCGAGCCUAAGGACAAGUCGCCAAGCAUCGCUGGUGAACCGACUGAUUUGAAGGACGUAGAAGUCAAAGACGAGAAGUCGAAAUCCCCCAGCGUUGCCAGUGAACCCGCCGAUUUGAAGGAAGUUGAAAAAUCAGAGAAGUCACGAUCUCCCAGUAUAACAAGCACUGUAGAUUCAAAGGAGCCUGAACUUGCAAAAUCACCAAGUAUUCCAGAAGUUGACACGAAAGCGGACAAAUCCAGGUCCCCGAGUAUACCGAGUGCCGCAGUUGAGUCCAAAGAUUCCAAGUCACCGAGCGUUGCUAGCGAACCUACUGACUUGAAGGAUCUCGACAAACCUGACGAAAAAUCCAGAUCACCGAGCGUAGCAAGCGCUCCCGAGCCUAAAGAUUCAAAAUCACCGAGUGUUGAACCGAAAGACUUGAAGCUUGAUGUUAAAGCUGACGAGAAAUCUAGAUCUCCUAGUUUGACGAGCGUUGCAGACUCAAAGGAGGAGCAUUCUAAGUCGCCGAGUAUUGCAGGGGAACCUGUGGAUAUGAAGGCGGAGAAGUCCAAGUCGCCGAGUGUUGCUGGCGAAGUACCUGACUUGAAGGAAGUUGAAAGUAAAGUGGAAGACAAGUCUAGAUCACCGAGCAUAACAGCUGAAUCUAAAGACUCGAAGGCGCCGAGUGUUGCUGGUGAGCCGACUGAUCUGAAGGAUCUCGAUGUUAAGGCAGAUGAGAAGUCCAGAUCACCGAGUAUAGCAGCUGAGACUAAGGAUUCGAAGUCUCCUAGUGUUGCUGGAGAACCGACUGAUCUGAAGGAUCUCGAUGUUAAAGCAGACGAGAAGUCCAGAUCACCCAGCAUAGGAGCUGAGACUAAAGACUCUAAAUCACCAAGUGUUGCGGGAGAACCAACUGAUCUGAAGGAUCUCGAUGUUAAGGCAGACGAGAAGUCCAGAUCUCCCAGCAUAGCAGCUGAAUCUAAAGACUCGAAGGUGCCGAGUGUUACUAGUGAACCAGCUGAUCUGAAGGAUGUCGAUGUUAAGGCAGACGAGAAGUCCAGAUCACCCAGCAUAGCAGCUGAACCUAAAAACUCCAAAUCACCAAGUGUUACUAGUGAACCAAUUGAUCUGAAGGAUCUCGAUGUUAAGGCAGACGAGAAGUCCAGAUCACCCAGCAUAGCAGCUGAAUCUAAAGACUCCAAAACACCGAGUGUUGCGGGAGAACCAACUGAUCUGAAGGAUCUCGAUGUUAAGACUGACGAGAAGUCCAGAUCACCCAGCAUAGCAGCCGAACCCAAAGAUUCGAAAUCACCAAGUAUCGCUGGUGAACCAACCGACCUAAAAGACCUUGAAAAGUCCAGAUCGCCCAGCAUAGCAAGCACAGCCGAACCUAAAGAUUCAAAACCACCAAGUGUUGCUGGAGAACCUAUUGACCUAAAAGAGCUUGAUAUCAAAGCAGUUGAGAAGUCUAGAUCACCCAGCAUAGCAAGUACAGUUGAACCUAAAGAUUCGAAGCCACCGAGUGUCGCUGGAGAACCAACAGAUUUGAAGGACCUCGAAGUUAAAGUUGACGAGAAAUCUAGAUCACCCAGCGUGACAAGUGUUCCUGGGGAAUCUAAGGAACCUACCGACCUUUCGAAAUCACCUAGCAUUUCUGGAGAGGCUGCAGAUACAAAGGUAAUUGACAAAUCUAGAUCUCCCAGCGUUACUGCAGCUGAGAUCAAAGAUUCGAAAUCGCCGAGUAUCGCUGGCGAACCGACAGAUCUGAAGGACGUAGAAGUUAAAGGUGAGAAGUCUAAAUCGCCCAGUAUCGCUGGCGAACCGACAGAUCUGAAGGAUGUGGAAGUUAAAUCAGAGAAGUCUAAAUCGCCGAGUAUCGCUGGCGAACCGACAGAUCUGAAGGACCUCGAUAUUAAGUCUGAAAAAUCCAGAUCACCGAGUAUAGCAAGCGCUCCUGCGACCGAGAAGGAUUCUAAAUCUCCAAGCGCAGAGCCAACCGACUUGAAGGACCUCGAAGUGAAAGAGAAGUCCAGAUCUCCUAGUAUUUCUGCAGACGAUGCGAAAGCCUCUGACAAAUCCAGAUCUCCAAGUAUACCUGCGGUCGAGUCUAAGGAUUCGAAGUCACCAACUGAUUUGAAGGACCUUGAAAUUAAACCUGAAGAAAAAUCCAGAUCUCCAAGUGUAACCAGCACUGCGAUCGAAUCCAAAGAUUCAAAAUCUCCAAGUGUUGAACCCUCCGAAGUAAAGGACCUUGAUGUCAAAACCGAAAAGUCCAGAUCCCCGAGCGUGACUCCCAGUAAAUCAAAGGAAGCAGAUCACUCGAAAUCACCGAGUGAAGCUGUUGACUCGAAAGACAAGUCGAGAACACCUAGCAUCUCCCCAGAGGCGAUCGACUCGAAGGAUAUUGACGCGAAGGCGGUCGAGAAAUCCAGGUCUCCCAGUGUUACUAGUAUCCCGGAGAAAUCUAAGGACGUAGACCGUUCGAAAUCACCUAGUGUUGCCUCUGAGUCUGGCCCGAAAGACGCGAAGACAUCUGACAAAUCUGGAUCCGCCAGUCCGUCGGCCGAGUCAAAAGAAGUCGAGAAAGUAAAAUCACCUACUGUGACAGACGUGCAUAAAGUUACUGAAGUGACUAGUUCUGUCAGCGUAACAACCACCGUUUCAACGGAGUCCAAGGAUCGUUCGAAACCGACGAGUCCUCUGGAAUCCAAGACGACUGAUGUCGUAAAAGAGACCAUCACUAAGGAAGUUGCACAAAAAUUAGAAAAGACAGAAGUUAAAACGGAAGACGCGAAAGUAACAAAAGAAGCAGAGUCGAAAGAAAAAUCCAGAUCUCCAAGCAUAGCAGAAUCCAAAGACCCGAAACUUACGGAUGCCACAGAAAAAGAAAAGAUAGAAGAGAAAUUAAAAGACAAGGAAGACAUAACGAAACUGACAAACGAGAUAGAAAGAUACCUGUUCGAGGAGUACAUCAGCAAAAACAAAUUAAUACAAAUUUCCGUGAUCGAGGAGAUCUGUGAAAUAUUCCUGAUACAAAGAUCCCUGGCGAUCAGCAUCAUCAUCAGCGUGACUCAAGAGAAGGACUUCCUGUCCAGAGACAAAUUCUUAGAGCUCAUCUCCGAGGAGAAGAUGAGUAAAAUGGCGGACGACAAGACGAGUUCGAGAAGCGUCAGUCCCGGUUCGGAACAGAUCGCUUCCGACAAAUCCACUCAGGACAGUCCCACUCGUUCCGAGCCGCACAUCGACGAAGAGAUUUCGAUAUCUGAGGAAAAGAGAACCGAAAUGGAGAAGCUUCUCGAGGAGGAGUACGUCAAGAAGGGUAAGAAGAUCACCGAGGAGAUUCUGGAGGAGAUAAUGAUCCGAACAAGACUACCCCGAUACAUUAUUUUCGAGAUAAUCGAGGAGAUCGUGUGGAAGAGGAAGCUGUCGCGCGAGGCUGUGAUCGACGUGGAGAUCUGUCGAGAAACCGACGACGAGGAGGUAGACUCCGCUGCCGGUUACGAGAGAGACGACGAAGGUUUCCGGCGCGAUAAGUCUUCGGAGUCGCGCUUCGAACGCGUCGAAGAAGCUAAAACUCACGAUUACAAGGUCGAUCAUCCGGUCAGUUACGAGAGCCAGUUCCACAAGGCGUUCGCCGGAGGAAUGACCGAGAUACGCACCACACAUAUUACUACACUCUCAGGUAAAUCCACUCCUGACUUGACCCGAGACGGAACACCGGACUCCACGUCGGAGCCCACCGCCUCCACCGUUGAGAAGGUCGACGAUAAGACGAUCGACGCGAGGAAGUCUGUGGUCGAGUCUCCAGACUCGGACAAGGAGAAGACAACGGUGGAAAUGAAGCCUACGGUUACUGUGUUAAAGGAGAGCAAGAUUGGAGAGACAGAAACAGUUUCCGACGAAACAAAGAAGAGUGAGCGACUGGUCGAGGGCAAGGAUGAAGACGAGUGCGUGGUGAUCAGGAAGACCGUGACACGAGAGGUCUCGGAUCAGGAACCGGAGACGAUUCGCAGGGUCGUCAGACGGGAGAUCGUCGAACACGAGGAGCCUGUGGUGAUUAAAAAGAUCAUCGAACGGGAAAUAAUUGUACCAGAAGAUGAGAUGACCGAUCUGAAGAAGGAGUUGGUAGAAACGAAGGUGACUAGAGUGGAGAUUCCGCAAACGAUCGAGACGAUCACCACGAAGACGAAGAAGAUCGUGGUCACCGAAGAAUUACCGGACGGCGAGACGGUCAAGGUAGAAAUCGGCGAUAAAGGAACCGUCUCCGUCGACGACGAGAUCAAGCGAAUUACAAAGACCGUCAAAGAAGAGAAAGAGGAGACAAAGAGAUCCGAAGAAAAGAAAGACAUUCGAGCCCACGUUUCUGAAAGAUCGACUCCCGAGAAGAAGUCCGACCGCGGUUCCGUCACGGGCACCCCCGAAGGCUUCCGAUCCGGCGAGGUGAUCCGAACGAUUAUCACCACGACGAAGACGGUGUCCGACGACGGAGAGAUCGUGACGACCACCAGAGAGGUCACGGAAACCACCAACGAGAAGGGCGAGACGAUCAUCUUGUCGGAGAAGGUUGACGUGAAGGUGGACGAGUACAUCCCCAGCAAAGAGUCCGUCGAGCAACCAGCAGAGGUGCCGACGACCGCCACACCGACGACGACACCGACCGACGACUCGCUUCUGAAGAAGAGCGACGUGAUCGAGGAAGGGUCGCCGAUCGAGUUCACUGCGGCUGAAAUGAGCAGCAGCGUGUAUGGCCAGCUACCGGUUGUUCCACCGAAACCCGAUGAGUACGCGUUCAAGCGCUUUACUGUCGAGAAGGAGUACGCUGGGGCGUACGAAGCGAAACAUGAAGGCAAGAAGUACGUUGACGAGGCAGAUCUCGAUUUUGAGAAGGCGAUGGAGCGGGAGGAAACGAAGGAGUCACGAAGAUACGCGAACGGCAGUGUUCGAGGAGAGACCUCUGAGACAUCCAGUGACACGCGUAAGGAUUCGAAGAAAGAUCCGCUGGAGGGUUGGGGCAAACCCCUAGGUCUCCCGUCGCCUAAACCACCCCACAAGUUUAAUCUAAGAAACGUAGCGAGUACCAGCAGCAAUUUCGAUCAGCCCCGAACCGAGGAACCAGUCGAUGUCCUCGCCGGCUGGGGUGAACCUCUAGCUUUACCUUCUCCCGCGCCGGUGACCAACGAAAUUUCGAACAAGGCUGCGCCGGGAACUCCGAAAAAAGAGAAGAAGCAGGCUAGAAAAGUAUUAUCCGAGAAUUUAAAGAAUAAGAAGCGCUCGGAGAGUCCUGCGAAGAACGAGAAGAAGAUCAAAGACUCUAAGAACAAGAUCCAGCCGGUGUACGUCGAUCUGACUUACGUUCCCCAUCACGGGAACUCGUACUACGCUUCGUUGGACUUCUUCAAGAGAGUUCGCGCCAGAUAUUACGUGUUCAGCGGCACGGAACCGAGUCGGGAGGUGUAUGAUGCAUUAUUGGAAGCUAAACGAACUUGGGAGGACAAAGAUCUCGAAGUGACGAUGAUACCGACUUACGACACGGACACCUUGGGCUACUGGGUGGCCGAUAACGAAGAGGCGCUCGCCGCGAAUCGCAUCGAUCUCUCCCCUUCGGCUUCGCGUUGCACCAUUAAUCUCCAAGACCACGAGACCAGCUGCAGUGCCUAUAGACUCGAAUUCUAGGGAUUGGCAGCCUGCUCAGCCGUGAUUGUCGAGUUCUGAGCGGAGCCCGAGGCGUAACGCUGUCGCUUUUCGUUUAUGGACUCGAAAUAACCGAGAACAGGUCGCGUUUUACCCGUGCCUAUUGUGAGCGCGACUCCCGACUAUCGACUCCCAAAACUCCACGAUAUCUCAAGGAGAGGUUGAGAAUUUUGUUUUCAAAUUUCAACUUUGAAAUGUUCCUUUCCUUACACGAGAUUCCGAAAACUCGUUCUGUUGGUACUCGAGUAAAUUCGGGUAAAUUCGGAAGAGUUUUCGGAGAGGCCUCUCCUUGAUAUCGUGUACCGGACAAACUUUUUAUACGUCGACGCGAUCGUUGCUUCGAUGCUAUCGUGUGACGAGUAACGUUCAAUGAUCAGCAUCGACUAUGAUCAGGCAAUUAAAAAAUUGACAGAGAAUUCUGCAUUCCUGAAAUUUCAUUCGAGAGAUUAAUUAGAAGUACUGUUAGCCUGAUUCACGGUAAUUGAAGAUCUUUCUCGUUGUAAGUGUCUAUUCGUGUAUAGAUAAACGACUAAUGUAUUUCCGGGUGUGUUAUAGAUAGGUAUUAUCUGUGUCCUAUUCCUAUAACGUAGAGAAUAAAGAGAUUGGUGAGAAGCGAGUCGGGUAUGAAUCGGAAACAACAGAGGAUCGUCGUCGGUACCGUGUACCGUGUUCCGUUUCGAACGUCACAUCCUGUAGCGACGAUAGACGAAUUUAUAGAUCAGACAAUUGAUCGACGCUUUAGCGAGGGAAGCGUGCGACGCAGAGUCGCGUAGCGAGGGCGAACGAACUCGUAAUACGACAUCCAUCCAACGGACAAAGUCCACGUUCGAUAAUUUUAUCGGAGCGAGAAUCUCUGUUCACGAUGCGUCUCGGAGUCCGUCGCGAACAGAGACGAUCGCUCCCGUAACGAAUUCCUUUGUAGAUAUUUUGUAGAAACUCGAUAUUCCAUUUGAAACAAAUGAAAUGUAACUACUCCCGAGAGGCGAGGGAAGCGAACACGAUGCGAAUGCGCGCGCCAUUUUCAAAUCUGACCAAACGAUAAUUGCGCCGGUGAUUCUUGAUUCUCGUCGAGCGAUAACGAUUAUACGGGAUAUAAUUAUCCGAUGUACGGAUACUGGUCUUUCUCGAGAUCUCAUAGAUUCUGAUGAUUCUGACAUUUGCCCUUGAAAUAACGACGAUAACGAAACUUUUCUUUCCGAUGCGUCGACGCACCGCGCCGUUACCGAAGCAGACACCGUCAACUAGUCGACGAUUUACCUUUUUUUCGUACUUACUUUCCGUUACACCGUAACGCGACGAUACGUUGCGUUCAACGGACCACGAUCGCAGGUUCACGUCGCCGAACGACGACGGUGACGAGGUCGACCAUCGCGAUCACGACGACGACGAUGACGUUUGGUAUGACGAUGACGUUGAUGAUGUCGAUGGUGAUAGCGGUAAUACCCCAACGACGAUGAUGACGGUGGUGGUUAUAAUGACAAUGACGACGACGACAACGACGAUGUCAAACGAUGAUUACGGUAACGUUAGUCGGUAACGCGUUUGAUAAUACUCGUAAUCGAAGAAAGUUUUGUACGUUAAGCGUGAUAGAUCGACAAUACAUGCUUGGAUAGAUUAUUUAUUUAUUUAUUUAUUUUAUAGGGAAAAUGAAUCAAAAAUAUCGUCAAUGCUUCUAUGAGCUUCAAAUUUUCAAUUAACGACGACGAUGUUCUAGCGACGAUGAGAAGAAAAUGCUGCGUUGAUUGACUUAUGGCUACUAGCCCUAAUAAAUGCUCUAAUUAGUAUAUAAGUUUUUUAUCGUUCAUUUAUUGUCGCCAGUCGUUUCUCAUACGUGUGCAUAUUACAUUUAUUUAUUUAUUUAUUUAGUUAUUUAUUUACCUUUUUGUUCCUUUUACCGUUUACAUAGUGAACUUAAUUUUGUGGGAAAAAAGUGAUUUUUUUAGAAAAGAUUUGAUCUUUUGAUUUACUUCCAUUUUAUUAUUAUUGCUGUUAGUAUUUUUUAUUCUUACGAUUGUUAUACGCAUCAUCGCUACCACUAAUGUUACUCGAGUAAUCAUCGUAACCAUUGCAACCAUAAUUAAUAUUGUCAUAAUCGUUGUAAUUUUUCUUCAUUUCUAUCAUCGUCAUUAUUGCCAUCACCGCGUGCUAUUAUUAUGGUCAUUAUUAUUAUUGUUAUUGUUAUUAUACUGUUGUUGUUGCUGCCGCCGUCGUUGUUAAUUUUUCGCAUCAGCACCGAUACGAUCAUUAAUAUCGUCACUGUCAUCAUCGAUCGCUGAUCACGACACAGAAACGUUUCUUUGUUCGUGACUGAAACGUCGAGAAAACGUAAACGGUAAAAGGGCAAUGACGAAGCAUACACCUAUGUGUUUACGUAUUAUUUAUUGACAAAUAUAAAUGACCAGCUGUUUAGGUAGGGUAUUAAAAUUAUGAAAUUGAAUUUAAUAGAAGCGAGGGAAGGAAUGAGCGGAGGGCAUUGUCGAUCGAAGCGAACGGCUUGAGCUUGUCGGCAAUUCUGUACGGGAAAUUUCUGUUAAAGAGGGAGAGGAAUAUAAAAGUUAAGAACGAGCUUUCAUUAAAACAGUUUAGAAUAAAUAUGAAGAUGAAAAGAAUAAAAAAAAUAUAUAUAUAUUAUAAAACACACACGUACACGCAUAUACGCUCACGCGUACACGCAUACAUACACAGACAGACAUACGGACAAACACGCGAAUAUAUAAAAUAUAAAUACAUGGGCAAAAGGAAAAAAAAUAGGAAGAAACAUAAUUAUACGGGAAGAGGAGAGUGAAGAAGAACGAGGAAUUACGAAUUAUGAAUCUCAACACCUGUGUACGAACUCCCAGAUCGAUCGAGGUGCUUAACGGGCGUGAGAACGGUGAUACGGUUUCGUUCGACUAUCAGCUUAAUAAAAAAAAGGAGUGAUUUCGAUCACGUGUCAAAAGAUAUCUGCUUCGUACAUAACUUACGUGACUAAGAAAUUACGUACGUGUGUCGCCGGAGAUCAGAUUUUAUUACGAGCGAAACAAGAGAGAGGCGGUGUUCGAUAGAGUUCGUUUACCCCGCGUACGAUUUCGGAUACGUUCUAGUCAGACAGUCUCGUUUCCUAAUGCCGCGCGAUCAUCUAGUCAUUUUCACGGUCGAUCUUCUGCCAUUACGGCGUUACGUGGCAGACGAGAGGCGAUUCAAAUUUUUCACGACUAUAUUUAUCGUACGAAUCGCGGUUCUCACCCCUUCAAGCGUAACGGGGCGUCGCAUUUAUCGAGUAACAAAUUAAAAACUUACUAUGGAGUGUUCAUGGUGCUAUGAUUAUUAUUAUUAUUGUUAUUAUUAUUAUAAUUAUGAUUAUGACGGCAAUUAUCAUUAUAUUAUUAUUACUAUUAUUAUGGUGAUUAUUAUUAUAAUUAUAUUAUUCUUAAUAUUAAUACCAUUAUUAUUAUUAUUAUGACGAUGACAAUGACGAUGACGACGAUGACGGCGAUAAAAUGAUGAUUAUUAUUAUAAUUAUAAUUAUUAUUAUUAUUAUUAUAGAAAUAACAAUGUUAUGCUAUAUGACGAAAAUGAUAAUAUAAUAAAUAUACAUUAUAUCUUAA